ACAGAAGAGCGUUUCCAUAUUCCAUCUUUUCGCUCUUCCUUUUUAUAAGACCCGAACUUCCGGUGACCUUUUCCCAUAAUUACAAUGACCACCGCGGAGUUUUUGAUAAAAGCGCUGGCGGCUAGUGUCGUCGUGUGUCUCCUGCUCCUAACGGAGUGCAGUCGUUCGCAGUUGACCUUUACGCCGGGCUGGCGUACGCGUAUCUUGGUGAAGGAGCGCAGCGCCCGCUCCGGGGGGCUGGCAUUGAGUCCGAUGAGUAAACGGCAGAACGGGGAGGGUUUCGGGUCGAAGUUGAACGACGAGAUGGUGCUGAGCGGUCACAUCCUGUCCGCUGCCGAGCACGAUCCCUGGAUGACCCAUUCCGGGACGAUGCACGUACCGGACCGCGCGGCCGACGCCUGGGAUAACGGGGAGAACGAGCUGGCCCGGGCGUGUGCGCUGCUGCGCGAUCACCUCACCCGGAUGCUGCUUUUACCGCCGAAGAAAGAUGUCGUAGUGGCGCAGUUACACGCCUUGUGGGAACAGGUCUGUGCUGACCGUAUCCGCGCUGCAUCUACCAAAUAACGCAUCGAAUAUAUACAGAGUACGCCAACGGAAACUGCUUCUCGCUUCAGCGUUGUUGGAUAUUUAUACCGGCACUGACAUAUAUAUCAGCUGCUGAUUUAAUUUCCUCCAAUUUGUGAUUAUAAUUGUAAUAUGAUAAUUAUAAUAUAUGAAAAUUUUAUAAUCCAGAACACGGAGACGGUAAUGUUUCACAACUCGCGAGCGUCAAAGAAUUUCUGUAUAAAAUAUUAUAAUUAUACGCCCAUUUAUAUAGCGUAUAAAGCGUUUAAAGCGUAUAAAAGCGUAUUUAAUUAUUCCUUGUAAUUCGUUGGACGCCAGUGAAUGUGUUCUGCGCCGGCCACGAAAGCGGUUCAGUGGAAGCAUGUACAGCAGCAUAACAAUACUUAAUUAUUACGGUUAAUAACUGUUAACUGGUUUGGAAUUUUCAGCCAGUCGCAGUUAUUUUUUUUUAUUAUUCGCUAAUUUUUUUAUUGUCGGAUGCUAGUUCGUUCCUGUUCGGUACGAGAAAUGUCUAGUGCUUGUUUUUUUUCAAUUUUUAGUACGAUACUUGUAUAUGUACGAAGUGUAUCAGGAAGUACGUACUGCAAUUAAUCGCAGUUAAUAACUGUAUUUAAUCCUCAUUUCCGGCCGGCAACUUUGCGCUGACAGUAUCGAAUGGUUUAUGUUACUGCAUAGUCAAUGUUUUCACAAUAUUAUUGGAUGCCUGUGGUUGAGAAAAUUAAAGUCCUGCUGCCU